CGCCAGGGCCUAGGCGGCUGUAGCGUGCAGGGCCUGCCAGGCUGAGAGGUGUGAGAAGGUCCAGAGGCGAACUCGAAGAGGAGCCCCGGCUCCCGGAAGAGAAACCCGGCUCCACCUGACCGGGAGGCGGCGCUCUGUGAAGAUGGCAGGGCCCGAGCUGCUGCUCGACUCCAACAUCCGCCUCUGGGUGGUCCUGCCCAUCGUUAUCAUCACCUUUUUCGUGGGCAUGAUCCGCCACUACGUGUCCAUCCUGCUUCAGAGCGACAAGAAGCUCACCCAGGAACAAGUCUCCGACAGUCAAGUCCUAAUUCGAAGCAGAGUCCUCAGGGAAAAUGGAAAAUACAUUCCCAAACAGUCUUUCUUGACACGAAAAUAUUACUUCAACAACCCAGAGGAUGGAUUUUUCAAAAAAACUAAAAGGAAGGUAGUGCCUCCUUCUCCUAUGACUGAUCCCACUAUGCUCACAGACAUGAUGAAAGGCAAUGUAACAAAUGUCCUCCCUAUGAUUCUUAUUGGUGGAUGGAUCAACAUGACAUUUUCAGGCUUUGUCACAACCAAGGUCCCAUUUCCACUCACCCUCCGUUUUAAGCCUAUGCUACAGCAAGGAAUCGAACUACUCACAUUAGAUGCAUCCUGGGUGAGUUCUGCAUCCUGGUACUUCCUCAAUGUCUUUGGGCUUCGGAGCAUUUACUCUUUGAUUCUUGGCCAAGAUAAUGCUGCUGACCAGUCACGGAUGAUGCAGGAGCAGAUGACUGGAGCCGCCAUGGCCAUGCCCGCAGACACCAACAAGGCUUUCAAGGCUAGGAUUUGAUUGCUGCACUCAUCCUGUGACCACCCAGCUCAAGACAGCAGACCUGACACCAGCCACGCCCAUCGAGACAGCAGAUCUGCUCCCCGCUGUGUCCAUCAAUAGCUGUUCUGGCAGGGCAAUCUGGCAAGGCCAUCUUGUGGCUGUUGUAAAAGGGACAUUGCAAUCUGAUGCUCUUUGACAGUAUAUAACCGCUCUGUACACCCCACUUCUUCAGUGCCCUUCCUUCCCUAAGGAAGGCCUCUGGCCAUGGUCCUCAAAAGUUGACUCAUAAUAAACUCACCCCAAUUUUGA